AUGGCAUUCAAUGAGAAGUUAUCAAAGUACGAUGGCAAACCAAAAGUCGACGGAGCAAUGUAUCGAAGCUUAGUCGGUUCUCUCAAUUAUCUCACACAUACAAGAUUAGAUAUAGUCAACGCUUUCAGCAUCGUAUCCAUGUUCAUGAGUGAAUCGAGCAAGGAUCAUCUAACAUCAACAAAGAGGAUUGUCAGAUACAUUAAGGGAACGAAGAGCUAUGGGAUCAUGUACGAGACUGAAAAAGAUUUCAAGCUCACAGGAUACACCGAUAGCGACUGGGCCGAAGCGUGGAUGAUUGAAAAAGCACAAGCGGAUACGUAUUUCAGUUUGGGACCAAGGUGGUCUCAUGGUCAUCAAAAAAGCAAGCAACAGUAG